AUGAAUAUUGAUCAUUGGUUAGUUGCCUUGCCACUAGAUGAUUUACAACGAACGAAUUAUAAUCUCUGUCAGCAGAAAUUAAUUUCUCUUCUCAACCUUCCACUACGUAUCGACUGUUCACCAAGUGAAACACUCUGGACGAAUGCACUCGAACAAACAAGCUUAACUAUAAACAAUCGUAAUCCAUUAAGGAUGUAUUGGCAACGGAAUCUGAAUGAAUUACGAUUAUUUCUCAAACCUAAUCAGACAAAACUCGAUGCGAAUAUUAUUGAAAUACAUAGACGAAAACGACUACCACUGACACGCUAUGUCAAACAGGAGGUUAUGCAAUCAUCGGUUGUGAUAUCGUUUGCACCGAUGCCGUCAUCAACUGAUCAUUUCCUUCUAUUAACUAUAACUGGCAAACAUUGCAUUCUAGAAUUACAGAUACCAUCCAUAGAAAAUGAACUUGUCUUUCGUGGGACGUAUAGGAAAAUAGGCGAAGAUGCACAAGCGAGAUCGAUCACUGCACUCUUUAAUUGUUCAAUAUCUAUCGAUAACGACAUGGCCUCGUUAUUGGCUGAGUAUGGAUUAUGUCGAGUAAAUUCCUAG